CAACGAAGGAAAAGGUAACCCUGGCAAAACACGAAGGAAUCUUACUUCACAUGCGUUUGCCAACCGACGAUCUCUGUUUUCUCCCUAAUUACACCGGUGCACAAAGUUGUGCGCAUUCUUCUUGCUCCGAGUACGUGCUGUCAGUUGCUUGAAUCUCUCAGUGAGAGAGACAUUUAAUGCCUCUAGGUUUGAGCGAGGGGCAGCAUCAAGUCGAGACAUCGGUAGCGACGUCGAUGGGACAGACUCCUCUCGCCAGCGUUUCGAUGUUGUUUUUAUUUUGUUUACUUUCCACACGAGUUGGUAUCCAUCUUUCAGGCCUGACUGAGUUUGCUACGACGUUGAACGCCUGACUGCUCAACUCGGCGAUGGUCGGUCAUCAUGGAAAAGAUGGGUUAGUGGCCUUGGGACCCUUGUCGUUACUACGAUGAAUGAUAAUCCGUCUACAAGAACUGUGCCUUUUCCUGCCCUGGUCGUCUUCGGCCCCUGGUUAUGAUUUAUUCUUUUGGCUGCCUUUUUUUGCUGUCUGUGCCAAAAACACAAAAGAUACCCUUUACCUUUCGCCAACUUAUUUACUACUCGGCCAAGCCAGCCCUUUGCUUGCUUGCUCCCCUACAGAAUGUGGACAGAGCGUCUUUACACACCAGACCUCUCAACCCCUACGCCAUAGACCUUGACGACAAUGGACCUCCUUCCAACAGAAAUCAAUAUUGUCACUCUCAACUGUUGGGGCUUGCGCUUCGUCUCCAAGUGGAGAAGUGAGCGUAUCCUUGAAAUUGGCCGUCGCUUAUCGACCACCGCGCCAGGCAUCGUGGCACUCCAAGAGGUUUGGAGUGAGGAGGACUAUGAGAUCCUCCGCCGCGAGACCCGGGCUGUGCUCCCGUAUGGCAAACAGUACCACGCUGGUGUGUUCGGUUCUGGACUCGUGAUCCUCUCAAGAUGGCCUCUGGAAGAGAGCUCAAUGUUCCAGUUCCCCUUGAACGGCCGGCCGACUGCCUUCUUCCGGGGGGACUGGUACGCUGGCAAAGGUGUUGCCCAUGCGAGGAUCCGCUACGGGCCGCAGAAGAGCCAAGUCAUUGAGGUCUUCAACAUACAUACACAUGCGGCCUACGAAACAGAAGCAAAAGAUUCCUAUGCAGCACACCGCGCAUCCCAGGCCUGGUUCUUCGCCAAGCUCCUUCGCAGCGCCUCCGAACGUGGUCACCUCGUCGUCGGCCUGGGCGAUCUUAAUGCGCCACCGUUUUCCCUACCACACCGACUUGUGACCGCCCAAGCGCCGGUCCGUGACGCCUGGCGCGUCCUAUACCACAGCCAUCUAGACGACGAGGCCCCCGAGGAUCCGAACCGCCACCGCAGGCAGCCCCCUACCGCCGAUUUUAACCUUCGCCAGAACGGCGUUACCUCGGACAGCGUUUUCAACACGUGGCGGUGGGAUAGUAAACGACAGAAGCGGCUGGGCCCGCCAAUGGGAGGAAAGGUGAUCACGCGCAAGGCCAGCCGCCACCUGAGUCUUGUAGAGGUCAGCGACCUGCGGCCCGAGCAGCCGUUGAGGACGGCCCGGUGGCAGGAGGACAAUGGGGUCCCUUCGGAUGCGCCAGACCCCAAGGGAAAGAGGAUAGACUACGUUUUUGCCGGCACGGGGGAUCCGGCAUUGAUAGGAGGCGUAUGGACUGUCAGAAAUGCCAAAGUCGGCAUGGUAGAGCGCCAUUCGGAAUUGGGCUGCUCCCUGAGUGACCACUUUUCCGUCGAGGUGACGCUCAAGUUCCACCCGGCAAUGAUGCCAACCGGACCAGAGCCUCCUACGCCAAGAACCGUACCUUUACCGCCAGACGAGUCGGAAAAGAGCAGACCCGUCCCUCCUCAAACUCCGCUGUCCCCAGUGGCAAACAAAAAAUUUACACCUAGGGCGUCGGCAAUGUCCUUCCAGGAAGCCGUCAAGGAGAAGAUGAGAGAGCAGGAGAAGACGCGACAGGACGCCGAAGUUGCGACGAGUACAGACGGAGCCACCAUACUAGUCGAGAGGGGCACGUACCUGUCCAGCCCGGCCCCCUCCCUCUCCGACAUCAACGACGAAAACGGCGAAGGCGACGACCAGUAUGAGCACCACGAACAGCAGCAGCAGCAGCUCGCCCGCACAAACACCCUUGCCGGGUCGAUCAUGACGCUGGGCGGCGCCAGGCGCGAGUCAGCCCACGGCUUGGCCGUCCCGCCGGCGCUGUACGACGAGGUGCUGGCUCUCACCAGAGCCUGCGCCAGCAGGGAGGAAAAGCAGCAGCUGUGGCGCGCGUUCCACUUCUUCGCCGGCGCGCUGGUGUGGGUCGCGUGCCUGGUCGCGGUCUGGUUCGUCCCGCCCGGCCUGACCUACGUCACCUUUAUUCUCAUUCUCGUCGGCGGACUGAGCCUGGCCGCGGGCACGGUCGACGGACUGAUUUCCCUGCUGUUCCUGUCGUCGGAGCUGAGGUCGUUGAGGGAGCUCGAGUGGGAGGUGAUGAACGCGCGGUCGGCGGCGGCGGCAAUUGUUGUGCCCAGCACGGCCACGAGGGCUGCUGCCGCUGCAGCUGGCGUCGGGAGAUUGACGGACAGGAGCCAUGCAAUAUCCACGACGACAGCAACAACAUCGAUAAACAAAAAUUGGUAGACGAGAGGAAACAAAAAGCGUCCUAGGUAGACGGUGUUUUUCUGUGUUUUCAGCUUGGUAAAAAGAAUCGGAGGAUCCUAAUAACGAUAUACAAUAACGAU